AUUUAGGUGUGAAGCAAUUGGAAGAAGCUGCAGGCUCCCUGUUGCGCACUUGGCGGAACGUACAGCCACAGAUCGCGGCGGCUCCACGCGUGGACUGAAACGAAAAUGACCUUCCCACGCUGAUUUUUACGCACAGCUCUGUGAAUGGAUUCUUAUUGAUCCGCAGGUGACAGGAGAUCAACCCGGCCAACGCGUCUGAGCGCAGAGACUUUACGCAUCCCCGGAGCGCAGCCGGACAGCUGCUGCGUCCUCUUACGUCUUUACCUGCUGCUGCUUUUCGGGGAGGACUUUCUGGGCGUGGAGGCUGUUUCUGAAAGACCAUCGGCAGCAGAGUUUGGAGCUGUGAGCUGCCUCAGUCGGUCUGAGAGAGGCUCACCGGUGCCAUGAAGAGCUGAGGCAGGCACGCCGCCCCAUGUGUGUCCAUCCGCACACCGGAGAGCUGCAGACCUCGCUGUCGUGUGCGUGCUGCGUUUGAAGCACCGUGGGAAAGCCGAACAGCAUGGUGCAACCGUCGCUGUGCUUCCUGGGGGGCCUUUUGGGCCUGUUUCUAAUGGCUCCCGUUCUGAUGGCUUCCACGCCCGCCAGCAUGUGCACGCCCCUCAAGACGCUCAACGACAGCCUGAGCCACAGGCGGCGGUACAUGAAGCACAACUUUCCCGUCAACUAUGCCAUCCGAGUUCAUCACGAGGAAAUCUUUAAGCUGUCAAAUAUCAGCAAAAUGAAAUUAAAGGUGGAAGGACUGGAUGAGCUGGUUCUCCAGAGGCUGUGGUUUCAAGUCAACCAAGGCGUCUUAAAAAAGAUCAUCCGGGUAUUGCCGGAGAGGCAUCCUUCGCGACCGUACACAGCGGAGCUGGAGAGACGGUUCAGGGAUGCUGAGGGAGUCUUUGUUCAGUCGCAUCCUGCUGAGGUGUUCCAGCAGGAGCUUCCAGAGACGAUCCAAGACAUUUGGGAUCAGUUAACGGAGGAGCCCGGCAGGGUGCCGGAGUCCAGCUGGAGGUUCGCGUCUCCAAAAUCCCUGGUGGAUAACUUGUGCCACACCAUGUGCUGCCUUUUCUGGGAGUGCUUUUCCAGCACAGAAUCUUCUCAGGACUACUGUGAAGUCUCCCGUUCAAAGAAGGGCAGAAAAACGCAGAGCCCAGAACUGGAGACGGCGCCCACGGAGCCUGCAGAGUGGUGACUUCCACGUUGACGCCGCCCAGAGACUCCAGUGAUUCACAAUAAAUCCCAUUUCAACAAGUCAUUUCCAAAAAGAGCCAAGAUCAUUGUACAGACUGAAAACCUUGGCACCAAGCAGCAGUGAGACCCGACAGAACAUGUUGGCAUAGCGACGCCACCAGUGCUUCAUUUGGUAGCAUACGGACUUUCCAUGUAGCCGAAAUGCGGCUCGGCUUUGUGAGGAACCUUCAGGAUUUCAGCUGGGACGCCGGAUCUUUUCCUUGAGGACGUCUCCUGCUUCUGGUAACUCAUGCGUCAGAUGUGUUUAUGUUUUCAUAUGUUAAUAACGAUGAUGAAUACAUUGUUUUCUGAGAUGGAUUCUUUGGGAAGGAACUUCCUCAGCAAAAGGCUAACAGAAAGAGACAGACUUUGUACCACAGCCAAACAUCCCGAUAUAUCAUGUUAUUUAAAAACAAAUGUUUUACAGCUGUGCUACAGGCCCGGAUUGCAUAAUCAAAAAGCUGUCCAAAAAAGUAUGUUCAUUUUCAUUUGCUGCUCUGUGGAUUUAUGUUCUUUUCAUCUGUGCAAAAAAACAAAGGAAGAAAAACAAACUUGGUCAACUGACAGUAUAUUUAUGUUCCUUUAUACCGAGCUCUGUGUUCAGCAUAAAUCUGUUUCAGUUUGUUUUUAUCAGGUACGCCAUGAUUUCAAAGGCAAGUUUGUGGAAAACGAUGAUGCAAGACGUAUAAUUGGCACCUGAGUUUUGCUUGAGGUUCCUGAGUUUUGAAAGGAAUCUGGAGAGAAACCAAACCGGUGAAAACAUGACAAGCAUCGAGUUUUGUCUCGAUGCGAAAAUUUGAGUCUUCUGACUGAAGUUUUAAUAAAAAAAGACGUCAAAGUUCCCUAAAAUCUUCGGCUGAAGUUUCAAGAUGUGACAGGAAAGAGCACGAUGCCAUAAGAAUUAGGGCUGUAUAAUUAUAUCAAUUCUACAAUAUCUAUUUUUUUACACCCUUGAAAGUUAUAGAUUUUUCACCCGCAAGUAUCGAUACGUUAAACCACAGGGGUCCAUAGACUUAUACCGUCUUUUUAACAUAUCUGGUUUGUGACGGCGUAGCAGCAAGACUCCGCCUCCCCCGGUCUUACAUUCAACUUGUGCUUAAAGUGCACAUUAUAAACUACACACCAGUUUUUAAAUUGUGUUAAUAGGUCAAGUAAAACCGGAGUUAUGCUAAAAUACAGUAAGUAAACCAUAUUUUUCCGAAUGUCUGAGAAAUGUUAAAAACCGGCUUUUCCGGUUAUGUGAAAGGGAAUGAGCCUCCAAACGUAAAAAACGAAACGCAACAUUAGAUUCCUUUGUUUUUGGAAAUCUCAAAUCUUAAACAAAUAACGAUGGGCUGUAUUUUGUUGCUAAGAAACGAAGUAAAGUUGCGCAAGUAACCGUGAAAGGAAGCGGAACGGAGUAGCGGUGCGAACAGAACAGCGGCAAAAGCAGUGAGAUCGCGAAAUUAAUGCAAAGUUUGGAUAUUGGAGCAACUAGUGGCAUCCACUUCGUAAUUUGUUUUUAGCUUAGUGAUUUCUGUUCUGUAUAUAAAGGAUAUAAACGAAUCGUAUCAAAUUGUACCGUUUGCCAAAUAUCGUGAUACAUAUCGUAUCAUGUUCACAAUAUCGUAUUGUCUCAUGAAAUUGUUGUAUCGCUACACCCCUAAUAAGAAUAGCGCUAUCAGCAAAGUGACUGAUGUUUCAAUAUAGUGACCUACAGAAAAGCUUUAGUUCCUGAGCAGAAUGAGAAACUCCAUAAAUUAUCCAAGACUAAUUGAUUUGCUCUCAACUUCUCAAGAUUGGACACCACAGGGAACAUAUUGGAGGUCACAAAUGCAAGUCAAAUGUGUGAAAACUGUCUUUAGCUGCCUUUAAAGUCACAAAAAAGACGUUUAAAGCUGUCAAGAUGCUAAGAUGCAAAUAACUGAAUUGCAAAAGGUGC